AUGGCGGCCGAUACAAAUCAGUGGUCAGAGCUCCUGCCAAUGUUCGACGAUAUACCGGACGAUAUAAGCAGAAUACUUCAAAAGGCAACCGUGGAACCUAGGAAUACUAUCCUAGAAGAGCUAGGUAGCAUUGCUGAGGAGAAUACACUCCGUAGAACACGGGAUAUCAUAUUUGAACUUUCGACACGUAAACUACAAAAAGUGAACAAAAUCUCUAAUGUCGGAGGAUUGAAACUGAAGGCAAGAAAAGCGGAAAGACCUACAGGAUAUUGCAAGGAUAUAUACGAUAUGUUUGUUUACAUCGCUGAUCUGGAUAACACGUUUCCGAGAGGGGUACUAGGUAGCUCAUCGGUGAGUAACAUUGAUAAUAUGAUAUCGUCUGAAACCAUGAACAAUGCUCCGAUGCGUAUGUCUGCAUCCGUUACGCCCAAUGACGCCUCGUCUACGACACAGGCGUGCAACACGUACACUGAAACUGAAUGGGAUGGGAAGGCUUUAUUUACGAAACUCGUACUGAUGCAGCAUCAGUUGCAAGAACUGUCUUUUGAAAAUACAAAAAUAAAGGGCGACAUUAAAAAACUCCAGGGACAAGUCUGUAAAUGUACAUGUACGUGUUCCAAGUCCACUACGAACGAGGUCAGGUUGACAAAGACUAAGGAGCCUAAUCCACCUAAUACCACGUCUAGCAGCAAAGCGACUACUCAUGUUUCUAACACUGAUACCCACUGUGUGAGUGGUGCUAAUAACGACAAAUAUAAUGGGACUAAUAAACCGAUGCAAAACACAAACACGGCGUUUAGGUCUAACUCACUACCAGAUGUAAUGAGCUCCGUCCAGCCAAAGCCCUUCAUGCACUUAGUCACAGCAACCAAUACAAAAGAUGUAAACAAACCCCACAUAUUGAACCAUAACAACGAAGGAACACGCAUUGAGGCCCGUGCCUCCACUCAACCGCCUCCCCCACCUACCCUUUCAUACUCUCAGGUGACAAAGACAUCUAGGCCUGUCGAGCGACACGAUAUGAGACCAACUCGUGAUGUUCCUAGCAGACAGUCAAGCCUCAAGGGCAUCAAACACGAACGGUAUCGUUGGUUGUACCUCGAAAACAUUGCACGAUCUGAGUACGACGACGACGACGCAACCAUACAUCAGAUCCAGUCACAUGCGCAUAUUACUGGAAUCCGAAUUAUGAAACUUAAUGUGAUACAUAACCGAUUUGCAAUCGACAGAGUCGGGUGCAAAAUUGCAGUCUCGGAGUCAUCGGCGGAUAAGGCUCUGGAACCAGUAUCUUGGCCAUACCCGGUGACAUGCAGGGAAUGGGAGCAACGUCCUCGACGAAACGAUAUACCAAGAUACCGAUCCCAGCGACGCAACAACUAUUAUGAUAAUGACAAUUAUGGCGACGACAACGACAACUAUUAGUCAUCAUGUUAUUCACAAAUAUCAUACUCGUUUGUCUAUAUGUUAUCGCAGUAACAGUGUUAAUACCGCAUAACAUGAUGAAUCUUAGGCUUGCACAAUGGAACCUAAAUGGUGCAAACACGGC